AUGGCGAUGUGGUACUGCGUCGCUCCCGCCUCUGCGGUCACCCGGUUCAAGAGCCUGGAGUUCCUGUUGCCCCCGACCACCCUGGCAGCGCUGGCGGACAGCUGGCUCCGAGAGGACUGCCCAGGCCUCGACUACGCUGCCCUGGUGGCUGGGGCGGCCCCCUCGCAGGCAGCACUGUGGGCCAAAUCCCCCGGGGUACUGGCUGGGCGGCCUUUCUUCGAUGCCGUCUUUGCCCAACUCAGCUGCCAGGUGUCCUGGCUCCUCCCCGAGGGAUCGAAGCUGGUGCCCGUGGCCAAGGUGGCUGAGGUCCGGGGCCCCGCCCACCGCCUGCUGCUGGGGGAGCGGGUGGCCCUCAACACGCUGGCCCGCUGCAGUGGGGUGGCCAGCGCAGCCGCAGCCGCUGUGGAGAUCGCCAGGGGGACCGGCUGGACCGGGCAUGUGGCGGGCACCAGGAAGACCACGCCAGGCUUCCGCCUGGUGGAGAAGUACGGGCUCCUCGUGGGCGGGGCCGCCACGCACCGCUACGACCUGGGAGGGCUGGUGAUGGUGAAGGACAACCACGUGGUGGCCGCCGGUGGUGUGGAGGAGGCGGUGCGCGGGGCGCGGCGGGCGGCGGACUUCGCGCUGAAGGUGGAGGUGGAGUGCGGCAGCCUGCAGGAGGCGGCGCGGGCGGCCCAGGCGGGAGCCGACCUCGUCCUGCUGGACAACUUCAGGCCAGAGGAGCUGCACCCCACGGCCGCGGCGCUGAAGGCCCGGUUCCCGAGCGUGGCGGUGGAAGCCAGCGGGGGCGUCACGCUGGCCAACCUCCCUCAGUUCUGCGGGCCCCACAUUGACGUCAUCUCUUUGGGGAUGCUGACCCAGGCGGCCCCGGCCCUCGAUUUCUCCCUCAAGCUGUUUACCGAAAUGCCGCAAGUCCACUCGUCCUAA